AUGGACAGCGAUACAUCAGAUCUUGAUCACACGUAUGGUUCAAUUUGGAUGCAGCACUGCGAGCUCGGUUCUUUAGAUGCGCUAAUUAUGCGGUACAAAGAACGCAAGAUGUAUCUUCAAGACGAAGGUUUCCUUUGGAAAGUUUUCUGGGAUAUCUCACAGGCUCUCUGCUAUCUUUGGACGGGUCAGGACUACAAGAAGAUACACGAUGACGCUAUACAGGGCCGGCCAGUAGAGCGCAUGCGUGGUUGGAACGCUAUCCGUCAUCGCGAUCUCAAGCCAGCCAACAUCUUGAUGACAUGGUCUAGCCCGCUAGCUGACGACGCGAGUAGUGGAUACCCGACUAUAGUACUCUGCGACUUUGGCUGCAGUGUCAAGUCUACGGAUAUUAGUUUGAACAACCAAGCCGCAGAGAUACUCGCUUGGGUCGACUUGGCCUUCGAGCCUCCGGAGUCUACCUACAGCGAAAGAGGAGACGUAUAUUCGCUCGCUCUGAUUUUGCUCUGCCUGGCACAGAUGCGACAGUGUCCCAAUAUGGAUGUUCUCGAUGAAGAGUGUAAUCCAUUAGGAUACUCUAUUUACUUCCAGUUGGAACUCGGGUCGCUAUUUGGAGAAUGCUUGGAGCCAGAUCCAAGUGACCGACCGGAACAAGAAAUUCUACCCGUGGUGGUUUGGGAGGGCUACCAGUCGUGGCGCUCAUACAAUGCUGACAGCGGGAAACCACUGCCAAAAUGGGCGUUUGAGUAG